GGCGCGCAUCGAUUAUUCGUCGUCGAGAUUCGGCGGCGUUGGUACGCGCGCACUUUAUAUUUUUAGCUUUGCCGCCCGAAAUCGCGACGCCGGGAGAUGUUGAAUUAUUGCGGUUCUUUAACAGAAUUACGUGUGUGUGAGUGUUGUUAAAAGUGUGGUGUUGGCCGCAUGAGGUGACCGGGGGAUGUGUGGGGUGACGAGUUAAGGAGGGCAGGCCGGGCCUGAGUCGAGAUGGGCAACUCUUGCAGCUCAGGGCAGGCCCACAAGGACAAGGACAAUGUAUCGCAGCACUCCGAAGAGUACACUUUGGCAUCGACAGAGACCAAAAGGUCGCCAUCGUAUCGGGCGCGCCCCCCGUCGACGGUGGCUGCUCCGGCCCACGACCAGCUUGAUCCCCCGGCCGUCGCCAAGCCGCAGCUCAAGGGGCCGCGCGGGGGCGUCGGCUCUGUCUCUGACUCCAUCUCGCUCUCAUCUCCGGUGGCGUGCGCGUCUCCCCGCGAGGAACAUGAGGGAAUCCCCGUGCCUGCCACCGUGUCCGCCCUGCCAGAGGAGCACCGAGCCAGCCUGCUGGGGCGCGUGCCCAGCACGCGCGUGCGCCGCCGCAACAAUAUGAUCAUCUAUGUCUGCGCUGCUGAUUCACAAGACUGCUGCGCAGAGAAGGGCGCGCUGCAGUGCGGCGCGGCGGCCAAGCUGCGCGUGCGCGCGCGGCGGCGCGGCUGGCGCGUGCACGUGGCCGACCUGCACUGGCGCUCGCCGCUCGAGCAGCAGCGGGACCACCGCUUCCCAGUGCUCUGCAUAGCCGAACUCGCACGCCAGUCGGAGCUGGGCGCGGUGGUGCCAGUGUUGUUCCUCAACUCCGGGCUGGGCACGCCACUGCUGCCGCACACCCUCGAGUGCGCCGACUUCAAGGCUGCGCUUGACGCCGCUGAGGAUGACAGCGACAAGGCGCUGUUGAACAAAUGGUAUAGCCUAGACUCUUCCACGACGCCGCCGUGCUAUCGGCUGGUACGCGGCGCGCCCGCCAGGUGGCGCCGGGAGAUGGCCAAGGCGCUCAACGUGCUGGUGCGGACAUUGCCGCAGGAAGCCUGCGACGCUUAUCUCACCACUGUUGUUGAACAGGAGGUGCAGCACACGGUGCUGCUGAGCGUGGAGGCGGCGCGGCGCUGCGUGUGGGUGUGCCGGCUGGGCGCGGCGCCGCCCGGGCCGGCGGCCGAGGCGCACGAGCCGCACGACGCCCCGCACCGCGCCGAGCUGGCGCGCCGCCUGCACAACCUGCAGAAGGACCUCAAGCUAAACCUAAGCGAGCGCAACAUAAUCCGCGCAUCGGUCCGCGGACGGACCGCGCCGGGCGGCGAGGACGACUACACGGAGAGCGUGCGCGCCGCGCUCGGCGAGCGGCUCGACGCGCUGCUCGACGCACUUGUCGCCGAGAACACGCCGCCGCAUGCGCACGACGGGAUACCCACUAGUUUAUUCGACGAGUUGAACGAACACCUGUCGUUCUGUCAGAAAGCUGCACAGUGCACGUCCAACAGAGAAAUCACGUUGAACGAACUCAAAACGUACAUAACCGGCGACAGCUGCGUCCCUCUGGCCUUAAUCGGCGGCGCCGGCUGUGGGAAGGCCACGCUGGUGGCGCGCGCGGCCACCCUCGCGCCCUCGCCGCAGCCCGACCUCGCCAUCAUCAUCCGAUUCGUGGGUCUGACCCCGCAGUCCAGCAGCUCUCACCAGCUGCUUAAGUCGAUAGUGGACCAGUGUCAUGUGCUGCACACCGGCACGCUCUACCGAGGCAGGAACGACGUGGCGUCCCUGUCGGCGGCGCUGCCCCGCCUGCUAGCGGCGAUAGGUCGGACGCGGCCGCUGCUGCUGGCUGUGGUCGGCGCCGACGCGCUGCGCGGGGCGCGCUGGCUGCCCUCCCGCCUGCCCGACAACGUCAAGAUGAUUGUCACCGUUACUGAAGAAACGGACGAGCCGUCGUCGUCGGCCAUCAUGGCGGUGCUGUCGUCGGAGGAGGGCCCGCGCGUGGUCCGCGCGCCGGCCGUCGGCGCCGACGAGGCGCGCGCCGUGCUGACCGCAUGCGCCGCCACCUACAGCAAAACCGGCGCCGCCUGCCCACCCGAUAACGCCGUUAAGGCCGUGCAGAGGUGCACGCUGCCUCUCUAUGCCAAGAUCCUGGCGUGGCAGAUCUCGCUGUCAGCAGAGACGUUCACGGAGCACAGCGAGCCGGAGACGGCGCCCGAGCUGGUGAUCUGCGACGACCUCGAGGGGCAGCUCAUGCAGAUACUCAUCACCACCGAACACGCGCUUGGUGCGGAACGCGUGAAGUAUUGUUUGGCGAUAUUGACAGCGUCGCGACGGGGGCUGGAUGACACGGAGAUUCUGGACAUACUGGCCCAUGACGACCUGUUCAGGAGCGAGGAGACUUACUUGCCGUGGGCGCCGGCGUCGCUGUUCUGGCCGCAGCUGGCGGCGCUGCUGUCCCCCUGGCUGCGCUGGGACGCGCGCGGCGCCGCGCGCUGGCGGGACGCGGCGCUGGCCGGCGCCGCCCGGGACCGGUACCUCGCCGACUGCGAGCACGCCGUGCGGACCACGCUGGUGCAAUACUACGAGGGAGUUUGGUACAAUGAGAACGACCCCAAAAUGGCGGGACGACUGAUAUCCCAAGAAAACAAAUUCUCUGAAACUUGCUACAACACGAGAAAACUGGAUGAACUCCCGUACCAACAUUACCACCUAUCCAAAAACGAUAUGCAGUCUUUCGCCAACCGCCCUUACUUCACCAAGCUAGACUGGAUAUACGACAAACUGGCAGCCACUGACUGUGGACAUUACCUGGAAGAUUUAGCCUUAGUCCAUCUAGACCCCCAACCAGAACACAUUGAGAUACUAAAAGAAAUCUUCGAAACACACUCAUACGCUCUAGACUACGACCAUAGACAAUUCUACGGCAUCUUAAGGAUGACCAUGGAGAAAAGAAAAAGAGAUGGUGUUGAAAUCAAAAGCAAGAUUGUACAGAAUUGGAUGAGAGAUGUAUGGGACCCGCCUGUGCCUACUUUGUACCCGGCGAAUGAGGAUUUCUGGAAGGUAGUUGAAAGCAAAGAGAAGAGGGACUUGUCUAUGAACGAAGUCUUCGAUAGCAAGUCGUUCGAUUUGAUAGUGAGGUUUGAAUCGAGGAGUAAGUUUGUAGCGACGGUCUCUACGGAGCGAGAAGAGAUCUGCGUUUGGGAUGUUACACAAUGUAAGAUGGUUCGAAGGUUGGUGGGAGUGACGCAUCCUAUAAACCUGGUGCCGAUCGAUGAGUACCGGUGUGUGGUGUUGUGCCGGCGGGAGCUCAAAGUCUACGACUUAGACCAGGGCAAGUUCGUAGUGGCGUUGAAGGGUAUGAUGAACCAGAAGAUGCCGUAUUACGGGCUGCACGACCCGACCCACCUCGUGGCGCUGUCCCGGAACCGGAUGUACGUCAACCUGAUGAACAUCGAGACCGGUGACUGCGUGACUACAUUCAAGGCAGGUGAAGACAGAUUCCUCAACUCCUUGCUGGUGUCUGGUGAUGGAAGGGUGCUGGUGUGCGGCGAUGAAACCCAGAAGCCUUUCCCGCUCCUGGUGUGGUCAUUAACCUCCCGCAAGCUGCUGUAUGACCUGCGCAUCCCGCACCACGACUUCAUCACCUCCAAAGCUGCUAUCACUUAUGAAGGGUCGUACGUGUGCGUGGUAUCCCGCGAGCUGGAUGAGCCGAGUCCAAACUUCAUAGUGGUGUAUGAUCUGCAGUCAGGCACGCUGUUCAAGAAGUGGAAACCAGGCUGUGAUACGGUGGCGCUCGCCAUCAGUUCGGUGGACGGCUGCGUCGUGUCUGGACUCGCUGACACCAGGAUCCUGGUCUGGGAUCUUGUGACUGGCAACUGUCGGCUGACGCUGCGCGGCCACGUGGCGGCGCCGUCGCUGCUGCGGCUGGCCAAGUCCGGCGGCGUGCUCCUCUCCACCGACGCCUCCUGCCGGGACCUCUCCGUCCGCCUCUGGGACCUGCACACUGGAAAACUAAUAGCAGUAUACACGCCGCCUGAGCGCAUAACAUCCUGCGAGAUCCUACUUGGGGGCUCCGUCCUGGCGCUGGCCUUGGAGAACUAUAAGGAAGUCCUAUGUGUGAAGCUACACGGCCCAGUGGUCGAGUCUGUGAAGACAGGAAGAGACUUGGAAUAUGAUGAUAAGCCGUACGGAGACACCGCGUUUGAAGGCAAGUCUUUCGAAGUGAAAGGGUCAGAGUGCUGAUCCAGAGCUUAGAAGAUAACUUUGGUGUGCAGGAUGCUGCAUAAUGAGGAUAACUGGGUUUAAGUCUGUUGGAUAAUGUGUCUGCGCAUUUAGGUUUUUUUGUCUCUUCAGUCAAUCAAUCAAUAAUACUCUUUUGCACAAGCUAUUUCUGCCAGGCAACCUUAGGGUGAAGCGCGGGAUGGUGCAAUAAACAUAUAAUGUUACCAACAUAACCUGUAGUCAAUAUUUUAUCAGAGAGGUUAUUUUGUUAUUGUUUUUGUCAACGAAAAAGUAUAGAGACAGUUCGAUUCGCGGCAAAAAAAUGUUCAUAAAAAUAAUAUAAUAGAGUAUUUGACUGGGUCAGACAUAAAUUAUAAAAUGCUAAUCUUGAAAUAGAAUCCAGUCUAAGAUGAUCAAAAAUCAAUUUCAUUUUACUUUUCGAUUUAUUUUUCGAAUUUUAUUUAUGAAUCGAGUAACAAUAAGUACGAUAUUUGACCACUUUGUUGAUGACGUCACAUAACCGAAUUCCCAUACUAACUUCAAAAACUUUCGUUUUGACGUUUCGCAAAAAGUAUCUUAUUUGACUAGGUUGUCAAAUAGCCUAUGUAUUAUGAGGCGUGCGUUCCAGAACGCCACAUGCACACGUGUUUUAAACUUUUUCUCAUUGCUAAUAACGUAUGUGCAGACACAAAUAAACAGAAUACCCCAGUCCAUUCUCAAAGUGUGAGGUUAUCAUCAUGCACACCAGUUGUCACAAAGACAAAACUAAGACAUUAUUCUAAGAGUUAUGCCACGAACAAUUUGAAAAGGAGUGCGUUAAUUAGGAUCUACAUAACAUCCGCUAGAUGGCAUGUGUGACACCUGUCAAAUUUGACACAUCGAUUUUCUUUAUAGUGUACAGCAAAGAACGAACACAUACAGCCACUCGUAUUGUUGACUAGCCAAUGGUGUUUUUAUAGAAACACCUAAUCUGGUGAUGUGUAAAUGUAAGUUUGUACUCCAUGUGCGUUGAACAAAAUUAUUGGAACCAUUGUAAAAGUAACUUUUUUCCUCAUGAAUGGGCGGCUAAAAAGUUCAUAAAGAUACAAGAUAUCAUUUUCUUUCUGUAAGCUGUUAAAAAAUUAGUUUCAGUGUUGCCAGUUUUUCAAUUAUAACUUGUAUCUUUAUGAGGCUAUGAUGUUGAAUUUGAAAAUGAAUGUGCGCCAAAAUUAUUUAGCAGACCACAGUAAUCGCCCAUUUUCAGACUAAAGUGACGUAAAUAAUGUUUUAAAAGUAUAAAGCGGAAGUAAGUUUAUGGCUUUCUUGUGGCAUUAUGGCAACAAAUUGCUAAUACCAAUCUUCGCUGUAUUAAAAAAAAGUCUUGAAUUUUGGCGGUUUUUACUGAUGCAGCAGUUUUGGCGCGUGAAAAGAACAAAAAAACAGUUAUAAAUAAAUUAAAAAAACAUUAAUGUUUUUGAUCUAUUACGCUUAUUAAUUACAUUAUUGAAUUAAAAUAAAUGUAUUUAGUGAAUUUUCUUGUAUUGUUGAUGUUUAGAUGUAAAAUUUCUGUGGUAAUUAAAUAAUUAUAGGUAGUGAGUAAUUGAAUGAAAUUAAUUAAUAUAAGUCAAUUUUCGCGUUUAGUUUGGGUUCCGUACUUCACACUAGAAAUCAUCACUGUCUGUCACUGCUUACACGUUUAUUGUUAUAGUAUAUUAUAAUACAAGGUAAAUAAAAGCGCGCACGAAACGAUCUAAAACACCUUCUGCAGAUAUUAGAGUUACGAUAAAAAUGUUCAAAUGAUUUUUGUCCAUCAUCAUUCAACAUGUCAAAUUAUAUGACAUGAUCGCAACGGUAUGCUCAUUCUGAGAUUAUCGCCGGUUAGUGCGCGAUUAUUUAUUAAUUAUUCUUCCAUUUAUCGCUCAAACAUAGUCAUCGCACAGACCAACUUUUAUUUACUUAUAGAAACGUGUGUCUGAAGUAUUGUAUACAAUUUAAACAGUUAAACCGUACGGAACCUUUUAUAUCAUGAGUCCAAUUCGCACUUGACGCUUUUGCUUCUUUACUGUUUCUAGUCGACUAACGUGAUGUUACUUGCUUCCUUUUCAUGAGAAUAAUGUAAAAAACAUUGGCCCAGAAUCCUGCAGACGCCUCCUAAUUUUAUUUUAAGUUGUACCCGUCAUUUUCUUAUCCACCGAAAAGGAAAUGGACGAAUGAUUGACAAUUGUUAAUUUUAAAAUGAAUAAAGAACCCGAAUAAAAUAGCCAUCUCGCUGAUAUGCAACCAGUUUCAAAUUUGCUGUCAACUUAAUUCUGUCGGGUUAUUACCAAUAUAACAUUUCGUAGGGUUUUUUUUAAAUUUCUGCCUAAAAUUGACGUGUGUUCUAUAAAUUAAUGAUAAAUUUUAUGCCUAUCGAUUACCCGUCCCUUUCCUUUUCGGCGGAUUUGAAAAUGACAGAUAUAACUUAAAAUAAAAUUAGAUAGUGUGUACUGGAAUCAGUACCAAUGUGACGAUUAUUUUCCACUGUGUAGUUAAUUACCAGCGGUCUUAGCACCGUAAGCGCGCGACUCUUUCUCGCCUGGACAUACGUCACCCGUCACUCUCUCACAGUACUGCACAGAAAGAGACAGAUGAUCUGUGUCGCGGCGAGAAAGAGUCGCGUACUUACGGUGCUAAACCCGCAGGUUUGGAGGUUUACACCCGUAUUCUAAAAUCAAAUCAAUUGAUUUGCGAGAACACAUAGAAUACAAAAAAAAAGAUGUUCACUCAACUCUUUCUCCACUCGUCUCUACCUCGGCAUUAUUUUAAAUUGACCUCGACUUGAGGACUUUACUGGAGACACUGGAGACGAAUAUAUCAUACUGCCAACAUAAUAAUACGAAGAUGACGUCAUGCCAUACUCCAAACUCCUUUGGAGUAUGGCAUGACGUCAUCUUCGUAUAAAAGUUUGGAGUUAACAUCUUAAAAUACGGGUACACAAUAAUUGCUUGCAUAGUUGAAAAUAAGCUUUAUUAAAAAAAGUUUUAUUUCUUUUUCGCAAUUCGUACUUAUUUAUAAGGGCUAGGUUAUUUCGUCUAGUCCCUAGCCCAUUGACCAACAGCUUUUUAAUGUAUACCUUUUUAACCAAAAAUCGAAUAGCAAUUUAGUCAUAACCAUAUCUAGCAUUUAAAAUAAGCCAAAAAUAGGUAUUCUACCUGAAGUAUAAAAUUAUAUAUUUUGUGUUUAAGUAUACAUUUUUUUAACUAGUAUAUUACAGAUUUUCGAUCGAAUUGCUGAACGAAUUUAUUAAUUAUUAUUGAAUUAAAUAUGAGUAUUUCACACAAUAUUUUGGCGUUACCAGCACCAAAAACUAUUUAGUGUUUGUGGUAAUUUAUUAUACCAAAUAAAAUAAAAAUCUAUUAAGUCUACUUAUAUACGAUCUAUUAUGAUUUAUGAGAAACCGAUCGAAAUUCUGUAAUGUAUGGUGACUUUAAAAGUCGAUUUGCUUAGUAAAGUACCAGUUACGACAUAUUAUCGUAAAAAAGGUAAUCAAAUACUAAAUGGUGGCGAACACCCUCAAAAGUGAAUCGACUUCAAUAACUUUUGACUAUUUAACAGAGAUUGUGAAUAAAUAUUAUAAUAUUAAUUUCUGCUAAAUACGUUAAGAAAAUACUAGGUUAAUAUAUUAAAUAUCAAUCGAUGCUGGAUCAUCACUAAACAUAACUUGUAAGUUGUUUAUUUAUACUUAAUACACACGUUGUAUUUUAUGUUAAUUAUGUUGAAGUUGACUGUAACUGGCUCUUAUUCUAAAUACUGGCUAGAACAUGCAAUAAAAAAUAUAACAAGCUAGCAGCCAGCCAGGCAGAAAAGAGAAAAAGUUUAUAUGGCAUUUUUCAUUGGCGAGAAAAGAGAUUCUAUUAGAAUUCUUCACGCCAGUGUAGCCAGUUUAGAAAAAAAUACUCUUUUCGGCCAAACUGUAUUUGGAGCUUUCAUUUCUUUUAAGGACAGUUACUAAAAACGUCGACUUCAUCGAAGCGUUGCAUAUUCUAAAUAACUUAGAAAAGAGCAAAUAAAAUAUUAAAGACAGUGUGUAUGUUACUACACAGGGUGUUACCAGGCGAAAAAGAUAACUUAAAAAUAACAUAGAAUAUGCAGCAUGGAAUCUUUAAUUUGUCUAACUCCUUAGUCUUUGUAAUAAAAUAUUGAACUUUCGGAGCUAAGAGCAUGAAUCAAGAAUAUUGUCAAUGUAAUUUUUGAUAAACGUGUAAUAAUUUUCAAGCCAUGUUGCGCAUGCUACCGUCAUGAUGACGUAUCCUGAGGACAUGCAUAUUGUUUUAUUAUCAGUGGUUCGUUCCUACGAUUUAAUUAAAGUAAGAGGCAUUUGAAAUACCCCUUCAUGCUAUAUGACAUACCUCUACACGCGCGCUUUACCAUUAAUAUUGUUGGGAACCGCUGUUCUAAAUUAUAAAUAUAAAGCCUAAACAACAUAAUCUAAUACAUCCUGUAGUAAGUAAAUACCUACUUCACAUUAAUAUUGUGUUUGCGCAAAGUUUUCACGCACUACUGUCAUCGCACCAUAAAUAUUAUAAGAAGAAUAAACAAGUCAUGGAUUUCACACAAUUUCUUUCAUAAAAAGCCAAUAUUUCUUGAGACUGUUCCCAUUUUUUCAUUUUAACUGCCAUUUUGUACUGUAAUCCUACAUAAUAAUAGUAUUAAUAACAUUACUAUAGUAUUGUAAAUUAAUAUUUGACAUUAGUUUGGGCGAGGCUUGUAUUUCGGUCUUUAAAUAUUUGUAAACACACGCAAUACAUAACAUCUGGCAAUCAUAACUAUAAUAGUAAUUUGAAUAACAUAUUAUGUGCUAUGAGCACCUUGGUGGUUUGGGACUGUAGGUAAUCCAUGCAACAUUGGUCUUGAUACCAUACGCACAGUUCAAACUUCAAAGAAAAUUUAAAAAUAAAGUUGGCCAAUUCUUCAUUAUAAGGUUAAAACCGUAUUACCAGCCUCGUCGAAACGAAGUUAGAAAUAAUAAAUAAAUAAUUGAGCACAAUAGGUACCUAUGCACAAUUAAACUCACAAAUGUCUAAUUUGAUAUUGUGUUUUGCUGAUUUUACCAAAAGCUAAGGCUUUCGACCAAAGCAAUCUAAUAUAAGUUUUAGCUGUAAAGUUAUCUCUAUCUGUACUAAUAUACUUAAAACUAAAACUUUGUCCUUUCGUUUUCGUAACAGACGUCAUAAGGUAUUUUAUGUAGACAUUUUUAUUUGAUUGGCAUAGAUUUAUCCUUUAUAACAUCUUUGGAAAGGUGCCUAGUUCUGUAUUUUACGUAUUCGUAAUAUAUAAAUACUUUUUAAAUCUAAAUUAGUUAUAAUUGACGCAAUAGAAUACGUAUAUAAGCAGAAAAGAGGAUUUGAUGUCUGUAUAAGGGAUCUCGCGAACUACUUAGGCAGCGACCAAAAUCAACUAACGAAAACAACUUGACUUUAAACUUAUAGCUCACUUCCAUUGAGAAAUAAAACAUGCCUCGUUGAUGUUGUACCAAACUUCUACCUACAGUUAAGUUGUAUAAAGUUCGCAGACAAACCAGUAAACGCGCAGGUCCUCUAAAAUUUAAUGACUUUCGCUGCCAUAUUAAUAUAUUUAACUACUACGUAAUAUUUUUGGAUUUAUUUAUUUUAUGGACUAUUUUACUCGUAUAUUUCUGGUUUAUCCGCAAAUCUUUUAUAACGCACUAAAGGGACUUUAGAAUGCAAGAUUUAACUGUGUACAAUUUGGCUUGCAAAGCGUUUUUGAAUGUUUAUAGGCGAUCGUUUAGGGUGUCGCGCAAAAUUUUAAUUAUUUUGAGUUUUUAGUGUUGCAACACCAAAUGACAAAAUUA